AUGACGAUCAACAAAAGUCAAGGUCAAACACUCUCACAUGUUGGUUUGUACCUACCUAGACCCGUGUUCAGUCAUGGUCAGUUGUACGUGGCUCUCUCAAGGGUUAAAAGUAGGAAUGGCAUCAAGAUAUUGAUCAAGUCUGAAUCUGGUGAACUGUGCAACAUUACUAACAAUGUUGUUUACAAGGAGGUCUUCCAACCAAUCAGAGAUCACACAAUGUCUGAAGCUAAAGAUCAUAUUAAGUUCUGUUUCAAAGUUAUGAUAAACAAACAGAAAACAAAAGUUCUAUUUGCAGAAGCCGAUGUCGAUUUCAUCGACAUCUUGGUUACCUUCCUUACAUUGCCAAUGGCGAUGAUUGUAAUUAUCCUAAAGCGGCUCGAGCCACCUAAUGCUAUUGGAAGCUUAACCACUUUGUACGAUGGCUUAGCAAAUCUCGACAGCAUCAAUUUCUGGAAAGAGGGUUGUAAGGAGAUGCUUCUCAAUCCGAAAAACGUCGAACAAAGUCAUAAGCCCGUCGAACGUUUCUUUUGUGAGAACGAGGAUUGUAGUUGGAAGUAUGUCAGAUUAUUACACAUUAACAUGUACUAUGAUAUUGUUACAUGCAUUUGUGGUGAAAUAAUGAAAAGAUCAGAAGACGAAGAAGAAGAAGAUGAAGUGGAUUCUCAAGUAGCUGAUGAUGGAGUUUUUACCAAAAGUACAUCGUCUUUCAUAAUCUCCGAUGAUCUUCAGAUAUUUCCCAAUACGACAGGUUUUACUCGAACACUCACAAAUCUUGGCAUUACCGAUUUAGAUUUUGGUGAGCAAAGGCAUGUAACUUUUGGGUUUAGUGAGAUUAUGGAUUUGCUGAAAAGAUGCUUAGUCUCGCGGACUCCAUUGUCCGAUAUCAUACUAAAUAAAGGACAGGUAAACGACUUUGCCGGACUAAAAUUUGAACCAGGGAUUUUGUUUCAUGAGAUGGAGAAAGAAGCAUCUUCCAAUUCAAAGAAGAUGAUUUCGAGAGUCCAUAUACAAAAAUCCACGAAUAAAGUAUUAUUUGCUCAAGCAGAGGAAGAUUUUGUUGAUUUGCUUUGUAGUUUUCUGACCAUCAACCUAGGAGGAAUCGAAUGCCUUUUGGGUAGUAACACUUGUCUUAAGAGUAUAGACAAUCUAUACACGAGCAUAGCGGAUAUUAUUGAUGACAAGAAUUUGGUGUCUGCACAUAUAAGGAAUAGACUACUGAUGAAGCCGAAACAUUUACCUGAUGAUUAUAUUUCGAAAACCCCAUUUCUUCCUAUUAGUGAAAAACGUAGUUUUUCUUCCGACUACUAUAUUCGAAGAUGGGGUACUGUUAUUUUUUCUUCGUUGAAGUACCUCAAAUGCAAGGGAAAAUAUAUUAGGGGACCAACAAUGUAUAAGGUAACCGAUGAUUUAACGGUGACACCGUUUUGUAUGCUUUCAACCCUUUCGUUUUUCGAAGAGCAUAAAAUAUCUUUGUCUGAUGUCAAGGAAUUGGAGUUGGAGAUCCGAUUGGAAGAGAUUGAGAUUGAUAUUCUUGAUGCAGGCUUUAAGCAUAUUGAAGGCCUCUCUUACAUCUACUUCUGCUCUAAACCGAUGGCCUGA